AUGGAUAGACAUCUACGUAAAAUAGGCAAUUAUACCUUCGAUGCUUAGAAGGAUAUUAUAGUAGAGGGUAGGAGAGGACCAAUAAUCAAAUGUAAAGACAACUAGGAUUAAGUCUAUUGUCUAAAAUAAAUUAGAAAAUUUGGGGAUAAUUAUAGAAAUGAAAUAGAGGCUUUUAAAAGACUCAAAUUAGAAAAAUAAAAACAUAUUAAUACUUUAAGGGUUUACGACUUUUGGGAGGAUGAUAGCAAUUUUAAUAUCAUCACAGAGCUAUGCGAAUUUACCUUUGAACAAUACUUGAUUUAAAGAUGGAAAACCAUGUCGUUGAAUUCCGAUGAAAUUCAUGAUUUUCUAGGUCAAAUUGUAAGAGGCUAUUAAUAUUUGAGAAGGCUGAAAAUUAAUGUGAGAGAUUUUACUCCUAAAACUAUACUUGUCUAGAGGUUAAUAAAUGAUAGAAUGAUUUUAAAAGUAAAGUUUUAAUUUGAUUUAGAUAUCUGAUUAUUGUAUAAACGAAAAUGGAAGAAUAGAUCCUCGAACUCGAACUCCAUAUUACUAAUCCCCAGAAUUGUUUAAUCCUAAAUCUAUGAAAAUAAAACAAUCUGAUCUUUGUGACAUUUAUGCUGUAAGCCUUUUUUAAUAUUAUUCAAAUAGCUUGGAUUGAUUCACUACAUGAUGUGCUUCAAAGGAGAUAAUAUAGUAAAUGUUGAAGACUUCUCUAAAUUACAAAAAUUUCACGAAGACCUACAAGUUAUGAAUGCUUUUUAAUGUCCAAGGAAUUCUUUUAUUCCAGUAGAAUUACUCUCUUUAAUAUCGAAAAUCGUUGUCUACAAUCCAGAGGAUAGAAUAAAUUGGGACGAUUUGGAGUAAAGGUUGCCUUCUCAUUUUUUGAUCUUAAAAGAUUAAUAUUUUGUCAAUCUUAAAUCGAUUCUUGGAUCAGGAGCUUAAGGGUCUACAUACAAUACAUAAGAUUUAAAAAAUAAUUAAUAAUUAGUUUGCAAAGUAAUUCCAAACACGAAAGAAGGAACCUCGAGAGAAAAAUAAAUUUUUGAUUAAAUUAAAGGUAAAGAUAAUGAAAAUGUGAUAAAAAUUGUCGAUAUAAUAAUUAACACUCAAGAUACUUACCUAAUUAUGGAGAAAUGUGACUAAAGUCUGCAAAGUUAUUUGAAAGAAAAAUUUGAUUCUAAACAAUAAUUAUCUGAAAACGAAAUCAUUGAGAUUCUUUUUUAAAUUGUUUAAGGCUAUUGUUUUCUGAAAUAACUUGGAGUAAUUCACAGAGAUCUUAAACCAGAUAAUAUUCUAUUAAAGAAAAAUUAAUAAGGGAAAAAUGUCAUUAAAGUAUGUUUAUUAUACUAAAUUAGAUUAUCGACUUCGGAGUUGGCAAAAUUAUAGGCAAAGACGUUACUUUUACUGAGGCAGGCACACCAUUAUUUGCCGCUCCUGAAGUUUUGUUGCAUGGAGUAGCUUACGAUUAUUAAUGUGAUAUUUUUUCAGUAUUAUUUUACAUAUAAACUUUAGUUAGGAGUGAUAUUACAUUAUUUGGCAUUUCAAAAAAUGUUUAAGGAGAUAAAUAGUAGAAGAGAACUAAUAGAAUUUCAUCAAUCUAUAAAAAAUAGACCUUUUGAGUGCCAAAAGCAUAAUGUAAAUUAUUUAGAUAGAGCUUUAGAAUCCAUUAUUCACAGAGCUGAUUAAAAAAAUGAUUGUCUAUGAUCCAUCUAAAAGAAUUACUUGGGAAUAAUUAUAAGUUCAUUCUAUUUUUGAUGAAGUAAGAAAGCCUUAAACAAAUAUAUAGCCUUAAUAAAUUUAAAUUCAUACUUUACCCUAAUAACCAAAUCCUUUACCCUAAUAACCAUAUCCUUUACCCUAAUAACCAAAUCCUUUACCCUAACCGAAUACUAAUAGCUUCAUAGAGAUUUAUAAAUACAUUUUUGCUUUAUAUAAUUUGGCUAAUAAGAUAGUAUAAUUAUUUGAAGAAAUUGAAAAAGAAAUAAUGCUCCAAGAAUAGUUUUAUAUUUUGAAAUAAUUCAUAAUCAGAUUCUAAUUAUCUUGCUUGAUAUGCAUAAACCAACUUUAGAAACAACAAUAAAUUAUUUUAGAUGGAAGGGUAUAUUAAGUAAAAUCCUAAAGAGAUUUUUCCGAAUGGCUUCAAUAGAUUAAUUGUUAAUAAUUGUAUGACUAAAGCCUUAAAAACUAUAAUUCUAUGAGGAACAUAUAGGCACCUUAAAAUUCCUAAAUCAUAACUAAGGGGUUGGAACUAUUAAACGAGCUUAAAAAUCAUUUCUAAAAUUAGGAUAUCACCUUUUUACUUACUCAUAGUUACUUCAAAAAAUUUUUCCAGUUAGUCAAGCUUUAAAUUUUAAUAUCGAAUCAAUCAUUAAAGCUGAAAUACUUCUUGCUAAAAUUUUAGAAUGUCUUUUAAGAAUACCCUGUGCAAGAUUAUGUAGCUUUUUCAGAAAUAAAAUUGACAUUAAAGAUACUUGAAACAAAUUCUAUGUAAAAUUAUAUUGAAGGUGAACUAAAAUAGAAUCAAUGA